CGCCGGGCACAGACGCACACCCGCCUGGGACAGGGUUUCCGGAACAUUUCUCUACUGUUGUGCCGAUUUUGGGGGACAGAUAGACACGCUGACAUGGACAUGGAACACCACGGCCAUUCACACAGUGCGGAGGUCAUCCCAGACCCAUCGGAGUCGGGGUCCUUUGAAGGUCACGCCCUCCUGGGGACGUUUUUCUUCGUGUUCGGGCUGUGGUACUCCGUGAAGCACUCCUUCCUCGUGCUGGACAGCCUCCACACGCAGGGCAGCAGGCAGCCCGCACGGCACAAGACAUGGAGGGAUCACCCCGGGUGCGCCAAACGGACCCUCGGCUUCCUACUCUACUCCAUGGACCCCAUGUUCAAGAUCACCGCUUGUACCAUAGGCAUGUUAAGUCAGAUGUCUCUCGGUGCCCACUGGACGCUGCGUGACCCCGUCACAGGAGAGUUUGUGGAACAGGGCGACUGGCAGCUCGUCACCAUGUACUCAUUCUUCUUCUUCUCAGGGCUUGUGGACAUCCUGGUCAGGGUGAAGGCGCCGAUCCCGCCAAACAGUGACAAGUUCUUCGUCAGUGUGGCGUUGUUUAUCGAGGCCUACUUGUUCUUCUAUCAUCCAGGAGGUUCAGAGGCCGGAGACCGCCUGUACCAGCUCCUGUUUAUCGCCAUAUUCGGAGCUGCGGUUGCCGCCAUGUUGUGGGCGUGUCUGCCGGAGAGCCAGAUCCUGCCGCUCUUCAUAUCGGCACUCGUCCUGCUGCAGGGCACGUGGUUCUGGCAGGUUGCGGGUGUGCUGUACCCGCUGGACCCUGCCCGGAGCUGGGACCUUGAGUCACACAACACCCUGAUGUUCCUGCCGCUCGGCUUCUGCUGGCACCUGUUCGGUAACAUCGCGCUCAUCUUCGUCCUGUACGCCGUCAUCCACCAGUUCGUCAAGCGGGGAUACCGCCUACCGAAGGGGCUAUAACGCAGGGGGUUGUAGUCUUAAAGUAGAUGGUCAUGUUUAAAAGAAAACUUGUCAUAUAUCAGUUUUACAGACGACCAAUUUGGUUUGAGGUUAGAAAGGCUAGUCUUGAGGAAUCGUUGAAGAACCAUGCGUUAGAUAUUAGAUAAGGUGUCUCCCGUUCACAAUUGCAAUGAGAUUGUAUGUACAUUUUGAUUCUACGAGCUAAUGCAUAUGCUUUCUGUUGUAUGCGAUGGUGUCAUAUAUGCUCUGAGCCCAGAUCCUGAUACCACCUAGACAGGGCCUUUCUAGAUCUGGGUUCAGAGCAUAUUUGACACCAUCGCCUACGACAGAGAGCAUUACUUUUCAGUUGAUACCAUUUAGGUACAUCGUUCUUCCUACACGUCUAUAGCAAUGAUAGAUAAUACAGUUGCAAUAUCUCAAAUGAUAAAAUUUUGGAAACAACGAACUGAUCUAAUUUGGUAAGACUUAGAACAUGUUAUAUUAAUAGCUUACGUCAUGGUAUGUCCAUUUGAAAAUGCUGUAACAAUUGUUGUGUAUGGGUAGCAUCACACGUUAAUGUGGUUAUGUAGCAAAUACUGGUAAAGAAGCCUUUUAUCUAAUACACGUUUUUCUGUUAUAUCAUUGUUGGACCUUCUUGUGUUUGAUGGUUUGUAAAUACACCAAAGUUGAUAUGAGCUCCAAAUUGAGCCAACUAUAGCUGUAUU